GACCUGGAUAUUGUUACACAAUUAUUAGAGACAGAUGAAGAUAGCUGGGAAGAUAAGAAAGAUAAUUUGAUUCCUGAUAAUAAAGAAAUGAAACAUAAUGAAGAAAAAUCAGAACAAGAAAUAAAAAAUGAAUUAGAGCUUGUAAAGAAAAGAAUGGACGAACUUCAAAAACAAUUACAGAAAAAAACUUCGCAAGAAAAUGUAGAAAAAACAGUAAAUGAAUUGCCUGAAGAUAAAAGACAAAUAACAGAAUUGACCAAAGGAAAUAAAAUGAAAGAUAUUGGUAUAGAUAUUUUUAUAUCUCAGUCCAAAUCAGUUCUAGCUAAUAAAGUUACUGAUGAUAAAGCAAAAAGUGAAAUUCAUUCAGGAGAAAUUGAUUCAUCAGAUGAUGAGAUGAAUGCUUUUGGAAAUUCAUCGUUAUCAGAAUUGGGGCGGGAAAUAAAGAGAAAUUUAAAUCAGAGUUCCAGAUCAUUAAUAACGUCAAAAUUUCAAUGUAAAAGUACUUGGACAAAUAGCAUAAAAAGUAAAGAGUCUACAUGCUUAAAUGCAGAAAAAGAGACAUCUUCAAAACCAGAAUUUGAGAUUUAUUCUAAUUUACGAAUAAUAAAUCCUUUAAUUUCUUCUUCAGUGAUGAAAAGUAGAAUGGAAGGACGCAAAUUAGUUAAAAUGUCUUCUAUAAGAUUACAUAUGAGGGGUAAUGAUAUUGAAGGUGAUUGGGUAACUGUUGGUGUUAUAGUAAAAAAAGUGCCACCCAAUACUUCUAAGAAA